GGUCUGAUGGAGGAGAACAAGGUCCAGAUUACUGUCCUUAAUCCAAAGGCAGUCACUAUGGGUCAACUUUAUGGUCAGUUUGACCCUGUCUCCCACGAGUGGUCCGACGGAAUCCUGGCCGUGUCUUACCGAGCAUUUGCCACCUCCACAACUCCAGACAGGAAGUGGCUGAUCUUUGACGGUCCAGUUGACGCCAUCUGGAUUGAGAACAUGAACACCGUGCUCGAUGACAACAAGAAACUGUGUCUGAUGAGCGGAGAAAUCAUACAACUGGCCAACACAACCAAUCUCAUGUUUGAGCCCAUGGAUCUCGAAGUGGCCUCCCCCGCUACAGUGUCGCGCUGUGGUAUGAUCUACAUGGAGCCAUCUUCAUUGGGAUGGCGGCCAAUGGUGAAGUCAUGGCUCUUUAUGAUGCCAGCUACACUCACAGAAACCCACAAAUCCACCAUAAAUGACAUGUUUGAAAGAUUUGUGGAUGCCUGCAUCCAGCUUGUCAGGAAAGGCGGAGUUGUU